AUGGCGCGCCGUCAGCACUUGACGCUGUCGCUUCUCCUCAUCGUCUUUUUAUUCCUCAGUAUAUCCUACUUUUUCACCUCGGCGCCGGCUGCGGCGCGCGACCGCGCGGCCUCUCUAGUAGGCGCCGCCGUCCCGAACAAACAACAGCCGGCGCAGGCGUCGACCGACGAUCAGCAGCACAAUCUCAACCACAACGAUGCGACGCAACCUGCCAACGUCGCCGCGCCGUCUGCGACACCGGGAUUCAGCAUCGACCUCGGCUCGCUGCCGUCGCUAGAGGGCGACUCGAUAGCGCCGAAGCUGGAGAAUGCGACACUCAAAGCCGAACUCGGACGAGCGACGUGGCGCUUCCUACAUACUAUGGCCGCCCGAUUCCCCGACAAGCCGACCAAGGACGAGCGCACCACCUUUGAGACCUUUAUACACCUUUUCGCGCGACUCUACCCAUGCGGCGACUGCGCACAACACUUUCGCGACAUCCUCGCCAAGUACCCGCCACAGUCAGGCUCGCGUAGCGCUGCGGCCGGCUGGCUCUGCUACGCGCACAACCUCGUCAACGAGCGCCUCAAGAAGCCAGCCUUUGAUUGCAACACCAUCGGGGACUUUUACGACUGCGGCUGUGCCGACGACGACAAGAAGAAGGAGGCUGCUGCUGGGGACGAAAAGAAGGAGGAUAAGAAAGAGUAG